GUUUCGCCAACACACCUGCCGUGAUGGAGCACCAACUGCGGCGCUCACGGCGGCAACUCAUGCGGGCGCAGCAGUUGGCCGAAGCACGCCCGGAGAGAGUAAAACGAUCAAAGAUUCAAGACUCGACAGCGAUAUCGACUCCGGAAUCCGUGAAGACCAAGCCGUCGUCCUCCAAAGGAAAGCUCAACCGUACCCUUGGGUCCAAGGACUCACAUUGUGACGACUCCUCGAACGACAACGUAUUCAACGAUAUGCCUGCUAAAAAAUCCACCUCGUCAGCUCUUCAUGAAGAAUCCAACGCUCCUGACUCCACGUUCGCCAUGGGCAAUCGCCAUGCCACAGACUACUUUUCGUCCCGCAGGAUUCGCAAGAAGACCAAAGACGACAAGAAGGCUACAGUGCUGGCUCAGUUGGAUGCCGACGAGGUCCGCGAUGCGCUUCGCGUUUGGGAUGCGAUGAGCAACGAUCGCCUUGUUCCGAAGCAACUAGCAGUCUAUUCUACGCAUCUCAGACAAUGGGAACACCAACUUUUCGCCGGUUUCAAUUUACUAUUUACUGGACUAGGCUCGAAGUUGCAUCUGCUCCAGACGUUUGCAACCACCUUGAUUAGCGUGCACGUACUCGAGAUCCAUGGGUACCUUCCGUCCGUGUCGAUCCGAUUUGUGCUUACGACUUUAUAUGCAAAUCUAUUCAAGCGGAAGCCAACACCGAAUCGGACCUUGGAGGAACAGUGCCUGGAAUUCGUCCAUCUGAUGCACACGUCCCCCGCUUCCGCGUCCCUGUGCCUUGUUAUCCACUCCCUCGACGGCGUCUCCCUCCGUGGACCAGACACUCAGCGCGCGCUCAGCAUCCUCGCCGCCUGUCGAUACAUUCACGUGGCCGCGAGCGUCGACCACGUGAACGCGGCCUCGUUGUGGGAAGAAUCGGACAUGAAGCGAUUUGGGUGGCUGGAACACAUCGUGCACACUUAUGCUCCGUAUACCCAAGAAACGCUGGUCACGACGUGGGGCAACAAGGGGAAGGCCGGGAGACACGCCCCCACGGCACUCAGUGGGAUCAAGUACAUCUUGGAGAGCCUCACGCCGACAGACUUAGCCGUGCUGCGGGCGCUUGGGGCGGAGCAGCUGCAAACCGGCGGUGCCAUGGUCGAUUCAAAGCCGUUCGUGGACCUGUGCCGCAAAAAGAUGCUCGUGAGCUCGUUGCAAGCCAUGCGGAAUUCGAUCGCAUGUUUGAAAGAACACGGCCUUGUCGCGACCAACAAAAUCGAUCAGUUGCGCAUUCCAUUUAGCGACCUGACGAUUCAACACACCAUUCUCGGCCACAGGCCCAUCGAUGCACUCGACCACGACAAGCAAGGCGAUCCCAUGGAUGACGACAACAUCACGGAGCCAAGCUCCAGCCAAGCAGAGUAGAAAAUUAGGCAUUCGCUAUAAAAUACUCAGCGUGGUUUUAGGAGGCGUGAUACUCGGGAGGCCGCCAGCGCCCUUGGGUGUUUAGUUGCCAGCGACUCCCUUGGAUGGUUAGUUGCCAUCGCUUCGAU